GCAAGGAGGUUCGGGACGGAGGUCGAGCAACCGUUCCUAUUUCGAACGAGAAGCCCGCUCCGGGUAGCCAAAGGAAGGCAACGGCACUUCAUACCUUCCGAGCACACCCGG